UAAGGUUUUAAAUCGUCCAAACGCUUCUCGGUGCAUCUGCUACGCCAUAUUCGGAGUAAUGUUAGGCGGCGAGGUAUUUCAUGUGCACGUACUCUAUAGCUACUUAGAUUAAUUUCUUUUAGAAGACCCUCUCACCAGUGUGCAUGUACAUUUUUGUUUGAUUUCUGGCGGAUAAAGGUACCACCUGUGACCAAACUGGACGCAGCUUCACAGCUCCUACAGUGUAGUGACAACAGCAUCGGCGUCGUAAUUACGCGAUCUACCUGGGGAGCUGGGAUCAGGCCAAGCAAGUCGAAGAAAAUGGUGACAAAGAAGAUUAGGACGGAAUAUAUGAAGAAAUUUAAAGACCCAAAAUGGGAAACGUACUCAAAAUGUUACGAAGACUCACUGAAAUACAGACUGACUCGAAGGCUCUUGGAACAGGCUCAUAAGCCGUGGUUCUGGGAAGGUUGGGACAGUGGAUCGGAAUCGAGCGGGAGAUCCACUCCCAGAAACAGGAAUAAGGUCGAACCUUUAAAUCUCCCUGUCCUUAAAUCUCCUACGCCGCAUGAAAACGAGACCUGUGAACCGCUGGAACAAAAAAGUGUACUUAAAGAUUCGUCGGAGCCGAACGGUACUUGUCUUGAAAUAGCAGAACCGCCGGCAGAAACUGACAUUUCACACCCCCUGCUUCACACAGAUGCUAUUGUGGAAGGGGAUUCAACUGAGGAGGACCAGAGACAUGGGGAGGAGAAAGAACACACAGGUAGACCCCGUGGCGCACGCUCAGAGCCAGAUUGCAGCGGUCACGCACCCUCCAACUCCCACCUCCGGCGAAAGCCUGCCAGGGCCAAAAGCCAGCCUCCACGGGAGCCCGUGGAGAAACAGGCCGAGAAGGAGAACAGACACCCCUUUGUCCUCUAUGGCUGGGCUGAGAAACAGGCAGAGACAGCAGUCAAGAAAACCCACAAUGUGUGCUCGUCUGCUUCAGCAAAGGAGAUUUACCUGUCAGCUUUGCGAGCCAAAACCAGACGGGAAGCUGAGAAACGGGGGAGAGCACUCGACCGCAGGCGUGCACGGUCGGCUGAUCUGGAGAAGAUGCAUAAGGCCAAACUAGAUCCUGUGGAUGACCCUUGGAUGACCGAGUACAUGCGCUGCUUUUCAGCUCGGUCACGUGCUUUGAUAUAGCCUACGGUGGAGUUGUUGCUGAGCAUAGGGGGAAAGGAAGAGCACUUAUGCAGAAGGUGAUGGUGCACCAUUGUGAGGAAGUAAGCCGUACUUUGUUUAGGCAUGUGUGCUUGGGCUUAUAGACAAUACUGUGAUUGAAUUAACAAUUAAAUAACAAGAGCAAGAAAAAAAAGAGUUUUUUUAUUAAUCCCAAAAAAAAACUACAUUUUAAGUUAAAUGUUUGCAUUUUCCAAAAGCCUCAAAAGACAGGAAAUUAAAUUGAUCAAGCCCUAACGCUAACAUCAGCCUGCUUUUCAUUAAGGUGUAUCAGCACUGGUCUUUGACAGCUGCUACAGCCCAUGUACUGUAGUUCAAACAACAUGUAAUCACAGUAGGCAUGGCUAGUUGCAAUGUCUACUGUACUUCAAACAACAUGUACUCACUGCUGGACAUAUAUGUUGGAUUUAAAUGGAGUUUGUGCAAAAAAAGUUAUGCUAAUUUUUUAGGUGGUAUCCAUAACUGUGGUCAGUGUAAUAUGUACAGUAAUAUAUACAGUGAUUUCCAAAAUGUUUGAGACAAAGACUCAAUAAAUGUAAAAAAAAGAAAACUUUCUUGAUUUGGCUCUGUACUCCACAAUUUAUAUUUGUAAACAAACAAUUCAUAUGUGGUUAAUGUGCAGAUUCUCAGCUUUUAUUUAAGGGCAUUUUUAUGCACUUAGGCACUUUGGUAGAAAUUACAGUACUUUAUAUACAUAGGCCCCCUCCCCCCAUCAUUUCAGGGCACCAUAAUCUUUGGGACAUAUUAAUGUUAAACAAAUGAAAGUACUCAUGUUUAGUAUUUUGUUACAUAUGCUUUGCAUACAAUGACUGCUUUAAGUCUGUGACCCAUAGACAUCACCAGGAUGUCUUCUCUGGUGACGCUCUGGCAGGCCUGUACUGCAGCCAUUUCAGCUCCUGCUUGUUUUUGGGGUCUAGCUGCUUUAAGUUUGCUCUUCAGCACAUGAAACUCAUGUUCAGUUAAAUUCAGAUUGGGUGACUGACUUAGCCAGACUUAUAUGAAACACCUGAGAACCUAUUUGUUUGGUGCCCUGAAAUGGGAGGCUAUGUAUAAACAGUGCUGUAAUUUCUACAUGGUAAAACCAAGGUAUAUAAAAAUACCUUUUGUUAAAAGCUGAGAAUCUGCAUUUUAACCACAUGUGAAUCGUUUGAUAACAAAUCAAGUACAGAGCCAAAUAAAACAAAAAGAAUACAAUAUGUCUGUCCCAAACAUUAUGGAGCUCGCUAUAUAUAUAUAUAUAUAUAUAUAUAUAUAUAUAUAUAUAUAUAUAUAUUAUUUAUUUAUUUAUUUAUUUUGUCUGUUGGUUGGAUGUAAAAGGUUGUGUUCUGUCCUAAACUGUGACUAAAUGCAGCUGUAUUGGACAAUCUGUCACAGUAGCUUCCAUUUCUGCUAAAUGUAGGCCUAGAUUUAAUCUAACAGCAAUACACUUUUUCCAUUUGUCCAUGUUUUGCUAUUGGCUAAGAUUUUCUGCAAGAAGGUGAAAUACAGGAGUAAAAAUUAAACACAUUUCAGUCAGCCGGAAUCUGUGUGAUAGUUAUUAAUAAUCAAGAAAGGACUUAAAUUUACAUUUAUAAAUCCUGGGUGGCACUGUGGCACAGUUGGCAGGUGGCAGGUAGCGCUGCUGUCUCACAGCAAGAAGGUCCUUGGUGUGAAUCCCAGCCAGGGCCUUUCUUUGUAGACAAAACAUGCACAAAUUUUGCAUGUUCUCCUUGUUUCCGUGCAGAGUUUCCUCCCACAGUCCAAUAACGUGCAGGUUAGGUAAAUUGGAGAAUCUAAAUUGCCUACGAGUUCAUGAGUAAAUGGUACGUGUGUUGCCUGUGAUGGACUGGAGACCUGUCCUGUCCUCUCGCCCAAUGCAUCCCAAACGGGGAUUCUUUCUUUCCAUUACUCAUUGUGUAUUAGCGUUAUUUUAAUACAGACCUAAGAAGACAGUGUCUUAAAAUCUGUCUUGUGUGUUAUCAUUAAUAAACGGAACCUUUUUACAUCUAAAUUUCAACAACUCUGUGUUGUUUGAAACCCUUAAACUUCACCGUUGGUGUUUGUAUAUUUUCUGCACCAUAUGAUGUUUGUAGGUGACAGAUUGAGACUGUUGGCAUGUGGUUUGUCAUUGAGGCUAUAGUUUUAUUGUCUAUAAUGCUUUUCUUUGUUUAAUGUUCAGAUACUUCGAUUUUUUUGCUUUGUGUUUUAUUGUCAUCUCCUCUUCAUUUAUGAGUUGUCAACACUGAGGAUAUUUAAACUAAUGAGCAUUUAAGCAUUAUUUUUUUUAAAUAAAUGCUCUUCUGAAUUGUACAGAGCUUGACCGGUCAUCACAGACUUGCUGCUGUUUCACAAAGUAAGGUUUUCAUUUUUCUACUUAAUCCAAUAAUCACAUUGCAUGCAAUGAUGUUUCAUUGAUCUUUUAUUGGGUUUUCAUAUUUGAAAAUUGUGCUGUCCAGUAUUAGUUUUUUUUCUUUCUUUUUUUACAGCAGGUUUAAGUGGUGAACCAAUUUUACUUGCACUAGUAUUAUUCCUUAUUUGUUAUAUUUUAAUGAAAUUUGUGUGCAGUUUUCAAUCUUUUCCCCAAAUUAAAUAUUCUUUUAUAGUUGCCCAUUUGUUGGACUGAAUGUUGUUUGCACACUUGCAAUAUCCAUUGCUCUCCUCUGAAACCUACAGCCUUUCCCUAGAGAAUGUUUGAAUUUUAUUUCAAGAAUGUCUCAGAAUGCACCAUUGACAAUCUGAUGCAUGCUUUAAUUUCUGUCAGUCAUAAAGGGAGGAGAGGUGCCUGGUUCACUGGCAAAUGUAUGUACAAUCUGAUGAAAUCCAUCAUUUUGGCUAGGGAACCAAACAUGUCGCCAUAUUGGACGGCCGAAUGAGAAGAGCUGAAACCGAACCCGUCACCAGCAGCCGGUGUGCACGGUCCUCACUUAACAGAGACUGCAAAACUGUUUGUAUCACAUUUCAGGACAUCGCUGUGUUGGAUGGCUUAGACUGUACUGUGUAAUGUACUCUAGCUUGUUUCCUUGCCACAGCUCUUACUGAGACAGCCCAGUUGUACACAUACAUAGACUAGUAUCUCAAAAACACAUCCUCUCAGGAAUUAAUGUAUUUUUUGUAUUUUCUAUUUUCAAAGAAGAAUGACCAAUGUAAUUGAUUUUAAUGGUAUUUAUAAAGAAAAGAGUAAUAAUUAUUUACUGGUAGCUUUGGCAUUAUAAACGGAUAACUUUUAGUUGGCUAAUAAUGACUUGCUGAAUUCUAUUCUGAAAGGACUGUUUAUAUAAUGUUUAAGAGCUUGGAGCAUGGCCUGUUUAUACUGGAACAGUCAACAGCACAUUGCAGGCUAGUAGAGAUGGUGCUGAGAGGAAGUCGUUUGUGUGGACACGGGUUGAGGACUCACUGUUAUGUAUGGCAAAUAUGUUUUUAAGAUAUAUAAUAUGAAUUUCCUUGUAUUGUUUGUUGAAACAAAAACAAUUUUACCUUUACAUUUAUUAGGUAAAAAUUCUUCAACGUCAUGUCUUGUUGGAAAUUUUAAACACUUUGGUUUCUUGUUUUCACACAUUCUUCCAUGAUGAGAAAAUAAAUCUAAAAAUUAAAUUUCA